UUUUUUUUGGUUAGUUAUUUUUAUUGAAUAAAAUGGCAGAUGAACAUUCAAAAAUCAACGAGCAGGCAGGGAUGACCAAGAACUUGAAGGCCGAGGAGAAGAUAGUUCCCGAUAUUCUGGAAAAAGUACUCGAUAAAGAGCACCUUUGGAAGAGUGGCGAGUACGUGCGCAGCCUCCAUGAUCGACUCGGGCAGUGCGUCCAGCGGAACAACGAGGACAUCCUGGAGUCGGUGAAGCUGCUUCAGGAAUUGUGCGAAGUCAGCGAUGCGAUGCUAACCAGCAGCACCAAUACACCUAGAAUAAAGCACCUGAUCAGGAACUUCGAGACGAUCGCUGCUACCAACGGUGCCGACUGUUCACUGGGAAAGCAGUUCACUGAUGUGCCAGAGAUCCGCAGCCUAUUGCUCAAGUUUAAAACGCUCAACGAAGAGGACUCGCUGCGUGACUGUCUGAUGACUUUCAAGAGUGCCAAGGAGAAGUUUGAGAAGCUGCAUAGUUUCCUUGCAAGUAGCGAUGGCGCCACCACCGAGCCCACGCGAUCCGUUUCAGAGGCAAAAAAGCUAUCGCCCAGCAACAGCGUUAUUACCACCAACAGCGUCAGUCCCCCCAGCCUUCGCGAGAAGAUCGUGGCCUUCAACAAGGCGCUGGGUGAUGGCAGGGAAACAUCCAAGUACUUCAUGGACUGCUUCAGCAGUCGUUGCAGCUUCCACGACCCAAUGACAGAGACUUCCGUAGAGGAUAUGAAGCCGCCGAUAAAUCCUUGGUCUCGCACCAACUCUGGCUAUGAGGGUGACAUGGAGAGCGAAGUCGAACAGUCCGAUAAUUUAGAUGGCCAAGCUGAUUGAUUUGAUUGAUGAAUUUGUAUCUAAAUUUUCACAUUUCGGCGAGAGUAGAUAAUAAUUCAAAUAAAUAGAGUUCUCAACAGAGAAUUCCUACUGA